AUGUGCACCAACACAUUUUGUGGACCUGUAGGCAAAUCUCCGACAUCAAUUCCUCCUCCUGGCAAUCCAUUUUACCCUCUAGCCAAUCCUAAAGGAACGGAUUUGAAAUGUGAAGUCUGUUCGAAGCCUGCUUAUUUACAAUGCUCUCUGUGCCAUGUGACUUAUUACUGCGGUCUUGAUCAUCAAAAAAUAGACUGGAUCAGCAUCCAUGAAAGGAUCUGCUCAACCUUGGCUGGAUUACGGAGACCCAUUUCCUUCAUAGCUUCUGAGGAUGAAAGACGAAAGAAAAAGGAGGAAACUUUGCAACUGCAGAUACAAAUGGUCGAUCUUACGCAAAUGAUUGGUCAAAAGCUCCUAUUUCAAGGAAAGCCAGAGGAAGCAGUCCCGGCAGCUCUUCAAUGUUUGAAGUUUACCGUGGACGCAUACGGACUUGCUAGUGUGGAGUUGGUAACACCCUACCUCAUUUUGGCGGAAUCGAGUAUAGGUUUGAACCGACUUGAUCAGGCCGAGGCUUAUCUUGCACAAGCCCAAUGGACGAUGCUCAAGACCCAGCAUCAGUGUUCAAACGCUAUUCGUUCUCAGCUUCAGCGUAAACUGGCGCUUCUAUUUGCUGCGAAAGGUGACUACCAGGCAGCGCUUGAAAGUCUAGCCCAAGAUAUCUACUACUCAUCCUGCGAUUUUGGCCCCAACCACAUUCGCACAUCCGGUGGCUACUUCCAAAUGGCGGAAGUCUUUUAUCUCAUCUACCUGAAGGAGAAGGGAUUGGCCAAGGAGGUGGAGGAGGAGGACAAGAGGAACCCCCUGAGGACGGAGGGUAUGAUUUGUCCCUCUUCAGCGCCGCAAAUUCCGACCUCAGAGCCGCGUCGACCCCUGCCUCCGGCGUUGGUCAUCAAAGACCGCGUACCACCAGAAGAGCCAGUGGUCACCAACUCGCCCCUCUACAUGUCACGCAUAUAUAAGAACAGUUCCGUCCUGCCGAAACCUGUGGAGAAGGACCGUGUGGCGGACGACUUAUUUGCACGAGUUGUUGACAUCUGGGCAACCUACCUUGCCACCAUUAUACAGUCCAUCAUUAAAAAGCCAACCAUUCCGGAGGGUUGCGGUUCCGUUGUGGCAGAAAUAACGAUGAAUGAGAAAAUGACGCUGGGUGAGGCGGAAGCCGCCGAGUGUCUGAAAAUGCUUCACGCCAUAAACAACUAUCGGACAGCACGGGCAGUAAAGGAUGGAAUUCAGUUUGUUGCCCUUGCCGCCGGUCGUCCUGAUCCAAGGGCCCGCCUUCACCUAGCACUCGCAAUGGUUUACUUCAUCCUCGAGGAGAAAGCCAGAGCCCAUCAGUACCUGGAGGAUGCGGAGAUCUCCGUUAAGGCGGCGGAAAAAAGCCAUACUCUGAAUGAAGAACUCGCGCUGAUAAAGAGUGCCCUAUCCUGA